AUGAGCAGGUGCUUGCGCUCCGGCCGUAUCCUGCCAUUCGGUCGCAGGCCUGCUUCGCGCCUCCCUUUUCUCCCAUAUCGAUCCGUCUCUCCUUUCUCCCGGCCGACUUGGACUCAAUUUACCCGGAAAACUCGCAAUGAUCAAAGAGAGAUUAAUUUCCCAGAUGAAGUUCUUUUUCUACGCCGAUACAAUUUAAUCAAACACCCUCGCCUCAGGCAUGACCAGAAGAGGCAUAUUGAGGAAUGGAUGCCAGUAUUGAGGGGCUGUAUUCCACCAACAAAUGCCAGACAACCAGACGUUGCCCAAUCUGCAGGCCAGCCCAGGCUUCGACCGCUUCGCGAAUCUGAACGUCAACUUGAUCGGACCCACGCUCUACUAGGGUGUCUAUGGGAUGGAAGGGUUCAUUUUGAAUUUCAACUUCUUGCGCAUCUCGGAUUUGCGCACCAUGAGUGGUCUAAUGUACAGGCUCUUUUAAACGGCAUGAUCGACACCUAUGAGCUGCUAGCUGCUCAUAUGCCCCCUAAACACCCUUCGGCUGGGCUUGAUUGGAACAGACCAUAUCGCGUGCGCCGCAUAGAUGAGUCAACAUCCGACCCUGUGUCUCCCCUCACCACGGAGAUCUCCCUCAGCAAGCUCACGGGAGGCACAAAACCAUCAUCCCCUUGGAAAUGGUCUCGGCUACAACCUCUUCCAUCAGAUAGCAUUUCUCUUGAUACUCUAACGGUGGAACCUGCACCAAGAUUCUUUGGAGAGAGAAUUUUGGCUGAAGUACUCGCAAACCUCGGCUCCCUGGUUUUGUAUGCCUCACGCAGUCGAUCAGAUGAUUCAAAGCAUGCAAUGACCUGUGUAUUCCGAACUCUUGCUCGUUUACACCAUGCGGGCAUGAUAUCUGACAGAGUUUAUCAAUAUCCGAAACCAGAUGCCAGCCAGAUUGUGUUCCGCCCGCCAGGGCUGCAUUUUUUGUCCAGUUCCAUCAUGAGCGUUUUGUCCGACGCGGCGUGGCAUGAACACGAAGUAGCAGUGGCCGCUGCGGCCGCUGAUGCGGGAGAGCUGUCACCUUUCAUUCCUUACACACCGCGAAUUCGAGAGCUGGGUCCCGAGAUCUGGCUUGAGCUCAUUCUGUGGUGUUGUGUGGAGCAUGGGUUUUGCAAAACAGGCACACUCCUCGUGCAUCAAAUGACCCGGCUUAGCGAAUGGAAGGCUGAGACAAUCAUGGCGUCGGCCAGGCCAAGGCAAGACCCCCCAACACUCAAGGGUCAGGAAAAAGCACCAUUCAAUGGACUUGGGUUCCGAACUAUCAGCUCUGAGGUAGUUGCAUCGCUGCGGAGUGGCUUGGCGAACAAGGCCUAUGUCGGAAUGGGAGAUCGUGGAUACCUUCCUGCGGAUCUCACCAAUUUAUCAGCCCCUCUGACUAACCUGAUCGACCCUCCCGCGCCUAGUCGUGAGGAGCUUCGGCCAACCAGCAGGUUCACCAACUGGCACAUUGUACGGAUAUUGGCCUCGGGCUGUUUGAAACCGUCCACUGAUCCUGUUUCUUUCGAGGAUCUCCUGAGAUCUCAGAGCAAUGUUGUUCCUCCGUGGGAAGGGGACGAGUUAAGCCUGGCACAAGUGUUGGAUGGAAAAACGCGGGCGCAGUUCUACGAUGAAUCAGCCGCCAUGACUGGCUUGAUCGAAUUCAAUCUCAAUUAUUAUGCUCGGGACAAGCAAAGCGGACGCCUUUUCCACGAGUAUGCUUGGCUUCAAAAUAUAGCCGAUGCGAGCAAGGCACAGCACAUCCAAAAGUUCUUCGAACGGAUGAGCCAAGCCAGCGAUGAAGAAGCUUCUUCGUUGUUUGAUUUCAAAUCUUUCGAACCUCAAGAUAUCUCUCAAUCGUCUAUCCCGCAGCUGUCGUGCGCCACUUUUGCCAAUCUCCUUGACGUGGCAACUACAACCCACGCGUUUGAUUUUGGUGAACAACUACUUUUGGAAAAUGACAUCGAUGGUCCUGCCAUCCCUCAAACCGCAUAUAAAAACCAGGCCCUGGCGCCGUCUAUUCUGCGAUUUGCAGCUGCCACUGGUAAUACCGAGCUUGGCGAGCGUGUCAUUGCAUCGCUCGGGAUUCCACUUUCUGUGAACACCAUUAAAUCGUUGAUUAACUUCAGCAUCGCACGCAAAGAUUGGAAGCGUGUGGUAUUGAUGCUCAACUUUCUGACCGAGCACCGAGCUAAAUCCUGGGGCUACAUGAAUAUCGGCGUACUGGCAAGUGCAGUAAUUCGGCUCGAUGCCACCGUUAAGCAUAAGAAAUCUGCCGGCACCUUGACUGAGACAGAUACAAAUGACCUGAAUCAAGCCAAGGACAUCUUGCUCCGCCUUUUCCGCGGCGAGUGGCAUGCUAAUCAUACCCGUGAGAAAGUCAGGAACUUCCAGCUUCGAACUCUCUCUCGUAUGCACCGCGUGCUCUCUGUCAUCCCAGGUCCUCUGCCGGACCUCCUCAAACAAGUAGAGCCACCCAAGGAAAUCACCGGUCACCACAAGGCCACUUUGAUCCCCCCAACCACCUUCCACGAGAUCUUCGCUGCCGUCGUGGAAACACAGGGCGCUAUCGUCGGCAAGCAGCUUUGGGAUAAAGUCUGCGUCGACUGGGUAUCUCCCAAACGCCAGCUCCAAUCUCCAGGCGGUGUUGCCCGGCUGCUGUUCAGCGACGAACGGACCAAUUCACACGGUGCCCCAGGAUGGGACGCAGAUUACGUCAACCAUGUCCGAAGCAAAGCCACAAUAGCAGACCUCAACACGGUCCGCAUCCUCGCACGAAGUGCCGUCCGAGAAUACGCAGAAUGCGUGAAAGAAACCACGGACAAAAAGUCUGGCCACAAUCCCAGUCCCAGUAUACCCCAACCGAAGACCACCGACCCUCACAACACCUCUUCCUCCUCUUUCGUCUACGACCCCACCAUCCGAUACACACCCUCCCUCUCCCGUAAGGAAUACCCCUACCAGUUAAAGGACGGCAAGAUGCCCCAAACAGAGCUUGAGUCCAUCCUAGACUACUGUCUCGAGACCUUCCUCAAAUUCGGUCUUCCAGAAGACCAGGUCGACAUCGAGAUCCCGGGUCACAUGCGUCGCAUGCAGCUCAGAAAGGUCUUUUCUUCCCCCACGCGCAGGCCUGUCAGACAACGGAUCAAGUACAACAGAUCUGAUCCUUUCAUGAGAUCCCACUGGCCGAAGGAAUUGGCAGAGUCUUUGCCAAAGCCGGAGGAGCCAGAGCCAAAGUGGCCUUAUGAUAACCACAGGAACUAG